AUGCUCAGAAACUUCAGAAUAGUGCUACUGGCAACGAUUUCUUUGUUGUGCGCAGCUCUUGCGCAAAUAGUAACCGAUGGACUGGUUGUAACUGAUAAUGUUACUUUGAGCGGAGAUCGCGUCUUUAACGGUAACGUCACGGUCGAGAAGGGUGCCAGUUUAACUCUUACAGGCGGGUGCUAUACGUUCGAUAACGAUGUGAACAUAUAUGGUAAUUUAGUUGUUGAGUUAGGUGAAUGCAAUGAAGGUUUAUUCGACGCUACUGCCUCAUCAGUCAACAUUACUGGUACAGUAGAACUUUAUUCUUCGGGUGCUGCACACUUGGACUCGAAAGCUUUUCUUAACUUAGGGCACAUUUACCUAAGACACAGUGAAGGACCUGAUAGUAAUGUAUGGUGGAUUAUCCAGGUUUCGCAAAGUUUCUUAAACAAGGGCACAAUAUAUAUGGAGAACGAUAAUAGAUUGUCAUCAAUGGAAGUUGAUAUUUUGAAUCCAAACGGUGUUCCGAUCGUGAAUGAUGGACUCAUAAGUGUGAAGGGCCAGUCACAAGCUUUUAACUCAACGACAAUUAAUACUGACGGCAUACAACUGUUUACGGUUCAGGGGAAGUUGCAAGGUUCUGGAACAAUGGAAAUAACAAAUGGGUUUUUAGGCUUGUCCUCGUCACAAUAUUUAGAGCAGCAGAACAUCGUUUUGAAAGGCUCAAUUCUAUUUAUGGUCGCUUAUGAAAGUUCCAGCGCUUUUGUGCGUGGAUUAAGCGAUUCAAUAAUAGUUUUUAACGACCCCGCAGUGCUCGAUUUCAGUGCAACUGUGCAAGAUGGAAAAGUAUCAAUUGAGAUACCGAAUAGUGUCUAUACAAUAACGGAUUUGGAUAACAUGGUUACAACUUGCGACUUGAUUAAGAAAACCUUCAUCUAUAGCAGUCAAGGAACAUCGUCGCUAUUACAUGGUUUGCAGUUCAAUGGUCCCUUUUCUCCCAUCCCAGAACCAAAAACUACAACAGAGGUAGUGGGCGGUACAAUGGGAGUUGAAUACGUCACCUCCUACUCAAGAAUAGAGGAGAACGGAACUUGUGGGUUUGGGAGUACUGUUUACUCGAGGACCUUUUCCACUUUUAUCAGUGUAAACCCAUCAAGCCACCACUCCUCGAGCGUGAGUUCGUCUGCAUCCCAAUCAUCCCGCACCUCACUGGUUAGUAGCCGCGCCAGCACCGGUUUUUCGAGAUCCAGCUCUUCUCAGCCUUCUUCGAGGAGUGGGUCGGAUGAAUUGUCUAAACCUGCGGGCGUGUCAGGUAGUAUCUCUGCCGCCUCCAGUUCCAUUGAGUCGGACCGCAGAUCGAUCAACUCCGGGUACAGUAGCAGUACUGUUUCCGUAACAUCAUCAGCUGAAAAGACUGUUUCCACAGGAGAAAUGCAAACUGAACACCCUACUGAGAAGUCAAGAACAGACAGCUUGCCCAAGACGGCAACGGAAAAUACCAUGUUUCUACAUGUAUUGAAGACUGUGGGACACAUACUACAGGUCCGGCAAACAAUCUAG